AUGAUAAUUAAUAGUAGUAGUGUUAGUAGUAGUAGUAGUCGUAGUAGUAGUAGUAGUAGUAGUGGCAGUAAUAGUAGUGGUAAUAGUAGUAGUAGUAUUAGUGUUAGUAGUAGUAGUGUUAGUAGUAGUAGUAUUAGUGUCAGUAGUAGUAGUGUUAGUAGUGGAAGUAGUAGUAGUAGUGUUAGUAGUGGAAGUAGUAGUAGUAGUAGUAGUAGGUUAAACGUAUCUGUGUAUAUACGUAAGAAUAAACUUGUCACGGUUAAGCGUCAUCAUUUAUCAUAGAUUACACAACAUUUGAAUAAAUUGUCAUCAGUGAUAAAAUUAACAAUAUACACAAAUAAUUUCCUAAUUGAAAUAAUUACAGAAUAAAAUCCCCAGAGGAUAAACAAUACAUCAUUAGAUGAUUUCGAACAACAGAUAUUACUGGCUAACAGAGUGUGCAUUCAAGUUUGAAUAAGUAUAAUGUCUCUAUUUAGUCAAUAUGAAGCAAAUCGCAUACAGACACUCACCACACACAAACAUACAAUGAUUUUUUGACUUUUGGUGUUUGCAGGAACAGGUCAAUUGAAAAAUAUUUGGAACUACAAACAAUUGUCAACAAAUACCAUAGUCAGGAUUUUCAAUACAAAUAUGUCAAGACAGUUCU